AUGGGUAUUGUGGGUCUUGUAGAAAUUUCUCUUCAAUGCUUUGAUGUUCUUGCAUGGCCUCUGCUUGCUUUGGUGUAUCCUCUAUGUUGUUCCAUUAGGGCGAUUGAGACCAAUUCCAUCUCAGAUACUCAGAAGUUGAAUACUUAUUGGGUUGUCUUCUCAUUGAUUUUGCUCCUUGAACAGGCUUUCUUGAAGCUCCUAGAAUGGCUCCCGCUGUGGCAUUACAUUAGGAUAAUGGUUGCCUUCUGGUUGGUGAUACCUCAUUUUGAUGGUGCCUUUUAUGUCUAUAAACAUCUUAUCUGUCCAUGCCUUACCAUGGACCCCCAAAGUGUUACCACCUGGUUCAACAAGUGGAGGAAGGAGUCGUUGUUCGUCAGCAAAGACGUUCAUGCUGAGGUGGAGAGAUAUGUAAAGGAGAAUGUACCUGAAGCUUUGGAAAGAACCAUUGCUUGCAAGGCAGAGCCUAAUCUCACUGGGACUGAAAACAGUAAAUAUACUUCUAGGGAGAUAAAAGGAAAAACCACAGAGGUCGCAGAGAGUGUAUCUGGUGAUGGACACAAAAAAAUUAUUAUUAUGAAUUUUAAGGAAAACGUGCAAGGCCAGCAACAGAACACAAAUGAAGCUUUAAGGAUGAAUGGUUCUCGUCUGUGGUGCAAUAUUUGUAGUGUGCGCUGCCCUGGUGAGAUUGACAUGGCAUCUCAUCUCAGUGGAAGGCGGCACAAGGAAAAUGUGCAAGAGCAACAACAGAACGCAAGUAAGGCUCCAAUGAAGAAUGAUCCACCUCUGUGGUGCAGUAUUUGUCGUGUGCGCUGCACUGGUGAGAUUGACAUGGCAUCUCAUCUCAGUGGAAGGAAGCACAAGGAAAAUGUGCAAGAGCAACAACAGAACGCAAAAAAGGCUCCAAGGAAGAGUGAGCAACCUUUAUGGUGCAAAGUUUGUAGUGUGGGCUGCUCUGGUCAGAUUACCUUGGCAUCUCAUCUCAAUGGAAACAAGCAUAAGGAGAAAAUGCAAGAACAGCAGAAUACAAAGAAGAACGGGCCACCUCUAUGGUGCAAAAUUUGUAAUGUGGGCUGCUCUGGUCAGAUUACCUUGGCAUCUCAUCUCAAUGGAAAUAAGCAUAAGGAGAAAGUGCAAGAACAGCAGAAUACAAGGUCUAUGGUGCAAAAUUUGUAG